AUGGCGUUCACCACAAACAGCGGUCUAGAGUCGAAGUUCACCAAAACGCUUAACUCGCUGCUGUACGGCGUGGUGAACUCCAUCCGGGCCAUCCCCACCAUGUACGGCUACGCCGUCAUCAUCUUCAGCCACCCGACCUUCGGCGCCUUCAUGCCCGCGCUCUCCAAGCUCGUCAUCCUCUCCAGCGCCGUCCACCAGCUCAUGUUCACGCUGCUCAGCUCGCUGCCCUUCGCCAUCGGCCAGGUGCAGGACGCCGGCCUCAUCUUCCUCAGCGCCAUGGCCUCCUCCAUCUGCAAGGACCUCGGAGACGACGUGUCGCCGGAAGCCAAAGUGGCCACCACCAUCGUCACCAUCGGCAUCGCCACGGCCUCGCUGGGCGUCUGCCUCGUCGUCAUGGGGCGCUUCAAGCUCGCCGCGCUUGCUUCGUACCUGCCCAUGCCCGUCAUCGGGGGCUACCUGGCCUUCAUCGGCGUCUUCUGCCUCUACGCGGGCCUCGCGCUCAGCACGGGGCUCGUGGUCAACGACUUCUCGUCCAUGCUGCACGUGCUGAACGACGCCCACAACGUCCUGCUGUGCGUGCCGGGCUUCCUGGGCGGCGCGACGCUGCUGCUGGUCUCGCAGAACUUCAAGAACCCGUUCGCGCUGUCGACGGCCAUCAUGGUCAUGCCCGUCCUCUUCUUCCUCGUGCUGGCAAUCGGCAGCAUCUCGCUCGACCAGGCGCGCGACAGCGGCUGGGUCGACCCCGUGGAGAAGACGGCGUCCGUCUCGGAGCUGCUCGGCCUCUUCGACCUGGACCUCGUGCACUGGGCGCAGGUCCCCAAGCAGGUCGUCACGUGGCUCGGCAUGGUCUUCAUCGUCGCCAUCUCGUCCAGCCUCGACGUCGUGGCCAUCGAGAUCGACAUGGGCAGCAAGCUCGAUAUCAACCACGAGCUCAAGACCGUGGGCUGGUCCAACGUCGUGAGCGGGCUGCUCGGCGGCUACACGGGCUCGUACAUCUUCGGCCAGACCAUCUUCACGUGCCGCUCCAAGACCGACUCGCGCGUGGUCGGCGUCUGCGUCAUCCUGGCGGAGCUCGCGAUCGUGGCCGUGCCGGUGUCCGUCAUGAGCUACGUGCCGCGCUUCUUCCUGGCCGCCACGCUCUUCUUCGUCGCGCUCGACCUCAUGCUCGAGUGGCUGCUGCUCGCCUACCGCAAGAUCUACGUGGAGGUCCCCAUCGUGAAUCCCUGUGUGGGCUCUUCAUCUUCUUCUUCUUCUUCGUCGUCGUCGUCCGACAUGCAGCUCCAGGCGCUCGCAUCGAACACGGUGCGGACCCGACAGCGCGGCGCCAUCGCCCACUUCGAGUUCAGCGGGUAUCUCUUCUUCGGCUCCGUGGUGCAGAUCCUUGAGGGUGUCCAGAAGGGAGUCUACGUCCGCAAGAGCACUACCGAUGUUGCUACUGGUGCUGCGGACAGGCAGAGCUUCCUACCGACACGCGCGGCGCCUCACAGCGUCUCCAUCGAGUGUUUGGACGGUACGCCAGCGUUGAACGCGCACGCUUCGCCGACCGAGUUUGUUGUCAUGGACUUCGGCCGCGUCUCCGGCAUGGACGCUACGGCAGCGCGAGGCGCCUUCUUGAUCCUCAAGAAGUACUGCAAGAACCGAGGCAUCGCCGUCGUCUUCGCCGGUGCGCUCCCCAGCAUCCGCACGCUGCUGCUCAAGAACGACAUCGCGGGCGAAGAGAGCUUCUACGACAGUGCCGAGGACGCCAUCAAGUUCUGCUGCGAGAACCACUUGACCUGUAACGCUAGCGCAGAUGCUGGUGGUGAGCGCGCCAGCCACGCCCGCCAGGCCGUGGAGGGCGCGACGCUCAAGCUGGAGCAGUUCCAGCGCCAGGUGCUGGCCAUCAAGCGCGCGUCCACCGCCGCGGGCGCCGUGGACGAGGAUCUGCACGACCGCAUCCGCUUCGCCUGCCUGCUGCAGGAGGAGAUCGCCAAGGCGCUCGCGCGCGUGCCCGCGGACGCGGCCAACUCGCUCAUCAAGCGCAAGCUCUGCAAGGACUUCGAGGCCAUCUCGACGCAGCUCGAGGCCGCCGUGCUGCGCGUGUCGGCGCGCGAGCAGGAGCAGCAGCAGGCGCUCAAGGACCAGCAGCAGGACGGCCGCAUCGUGGCCGAGCACCAGGGGCAGGUCUUCGAGUUCGCCGAGCUCGAGAACGAGAUCGCGCACAACGAGGCGCUCAUCGAGGAGCGCGAGCAGGACAUCAACAAGAUCCACCAGAGCGUGGCGCAGGUCAACGAGAUCUUCCGCGACCUCGCGGCCAUCGUGCAGGACCAGCAGGGCGCCAUCGACGACAUCGAGACCCACGUGCACGAGAGCAUGCAGCAGACCCAACAGGGGCUCGACGAGGUCAAGAAGGCCUCGGACAUGCAGUCCUACUGCGCGAUCCAAUAG